CUUCAUUAUGAAAAUUAAAGCCUGACGGAACUUUGAUAGCGUCGUAAUAUUUCUGCCCAACCUCUUUCAUUGAAUAUGAAUUCCCUUGUACAAAAGUAUUCAAAAUCAUCUACAGCCCACGACGACGACGUUCUUGGCGUUCACGGAAAGUGGGACGCUUCACUCGACCUUGCUUUUCCCACCUUUGAUAUUCCAGGAGCGCAAAACCCUCUCAGCUUUCUCAGAAAUGUCACCGACGAAGCAUCCUCUGACUACAAGAUUAAAAUUCAGCACGGUACAACCACGUUAGCAUUCAAGUUCCAGGGCGGUAUCAUUGUUGCCGUCGAUUCACGAGCCACUAUGGGCAACUACAUCGGUUCACAAACUGUCAAAAAGGUCAUUGAGAUUAACCCAUAUCUACUCGGUACCAUGGCGGGAGGUGCAGCAGAUUGUAGUUACUGGGAACGCGAACUUGGACGACGAUGCCGCCUCUAUGAACUCACCAACAAGGAACGAAUUUCAGUAGCUGCAGCAUCCAAAUUGCUGGCCAACCUUGUUCUUCCUUACAAAGGCAUGGGUCUUUCUAUGGGUACAAUGGUCACAGGAUGGGACAAAUCAGGUCCCAAUUUAUACUACGUCGACUCUGAUGGUUCACGGAUUAAGGGUGAUUUGUUCUCUGUUGGUUCCGGUUCAACAUUCGCAUAUGGUGUUCUCGACUCUGGAUAUCGCAACGACUUGACCGUUGAAGAAGCUUUGGAGCUUGGCAAGCGAUCUAUCUUCCAUGCUGCACAUCGUGACGCUAUGUCUGGUGGCUCAGUGAACUUAUACCACAUUCAUGAAGAAGGUUGGACAUACCACGGCAAUCACGAUGUUGCUGCACUUUUCUGGGAAUACCAAGACCUCAAGGCGGAAGAAAGAGCAGCGGCUGUUGGCAAGCAGUAAAUGAAAGCUUUGGUGCAGGCGACAAUUGAUUGUGUGUAUGUCAUUAAAUAAAUAAAAUACAAGACAGACACGAUUUGCUUGGGGACGG